AUGGAGGGAGCCUGGGCCGGGAGGCAGUGCCGGUCCGGGCCCAGCAGCCUGGGCUGGGCUGGGCGGAAGCGGGGAGGGCUGUGGGGACGGCGCUUUUGCCUCUGCCCCGCCCCCUGGGACCACCUCCCCUCCCCCCUGCUCUCCACCGGCCGCGAUCUGGCCGGCGGCCGUUAGUUAGGCUUCCCGAGGCCGGUCCUUCAGGCCCCUUUCUCUUGGGCCGGGGGGAGGCCGUCUCCCUGCCAUUACCACGGGCCCCGUCUCAGCGCCCAGCCCUACUUGUGGGGAAAAGGCCGGUUGGGAUUUCGGGGCUUUCCCGCCCGGGCAGGGUCUUCUCUCAAGGGAAAGCUGUUUUCACCGGGAAGCUCAGCUUUCUGUUACACCUGCUUCACCUCCCGCCUUCCUUGAGACCUGAAUGGUAUUUCUCGACUACUUCUGCGUCUCACGUAAACAUUUCUCCAACUCUUUUACUCUGUGGUAUCUCCCUGAGCUGUGAAAACGCUAGUGCCACCACCAGAGAGAAACGGCUGGACCCUUCUGCCCAGGACUUUGUAUCUUUGCUAAAGUCAGUGAUGUGAAAGGACCUGACAUGGAUGAUAUUGCUGAUAGGAUGAGGAUGGAUGCUGGAGAAGUAACUUUAGUGAACCACAACUCCAUAUUCAAAACCCAUCUCCUGGCACAAACAGGUUUUCCAGAGGACCAGCUCUCAUUUUCUGACCAUCAGAUUUUACCUUCCAGGGAAGGAAAUUUGGACCGGUCUUAUACAUGUUCUACAAGAAGUGCAGCUUAUAAUCCAAAUUAUUAUUCAGGAUUCUUUGUCAGCAAGAUGAGAUCUCGUCCCCUAAAAAGACACAACCCUUCCUCAGACAGUUUUCUUGGCUCAGGAGAUUUAAGAACCUUUGGCCAGAGUGCAAAUGGCCAGUGGAGAAAUUCCACUCCAGCAUCAGGUUCAACUUUACAAAAAUCAAGAAACAGCCGAAGUCUUUACCUCGAAACCCGAAAGACCUCAAGUGGAUUAUCAAACACUUUUACGGGAAAGUCAAACCAUCACUGCCAUGUGUCUGCAUAUGAAAAAUCUUUUCCUAUUAAGCCUGUUCCAAGUCCGUCUUGGAGUGGUUCAUGUCGUCGAAACCUUUUGAGCCCCAAGAAAACUCAGAGGCGACAUGUUAGUACAGCAGAAGAGACAGUCCAAGAAGAAGAAAAAGAGAUUUACAGACAGCUGCUACAGAUGGUCACAGGGAAACAGUUUUCUGUAGCCAAACCCACCACACAUUUUCCUUUACACCUGUCUCGAUGUCUUAGUUCCAGUAAGAGUACUUUGAAAGACCCACUGUUUAAAAAUGGAAACUCUUGUGCAGCUCAGAUCAUUGGCUCUGAUACUUCAUCAUCUGGAUCUGCUAGCAUUUUAACUACCCAGGAACAACUGUCCCACAGUGUGUAUUCCUUAUCGUCUUAUGCCCCAGAUGUUGUGGCAUUUGGAUCCAAAGAUUCUGAUCCUCUCCAUCAACCCCAACAUCACCACUCUCUUCUACGUCAGCCAGAUAACUUACCAGCUUCAAAUACACAAUCAGAAGGAUCAGACUCUGUAAUUUUACUCAAAGUGAAAGAUUCCCAGACUCCAACUCCCAGUCCUACUUUUUUCCAGGCAGAGCUGUGGAUCAAAGAAUUAACUAGUGUUUAUGAUUCUCGAGCACGGGAGAGAUUGCGCCAGAUUGAAGAGCAGAAAGCACUGGCUUUACAGCUUCAAAACCAGAGAUUACAGGAACAGGAACACUCAGUACAUGAUUCAGUAGAACUGCAUCUUCGUGUGCCACUUGAAAAGGAGAUCCCUGUCACGAUCACCCAAGAAACAGAAAAGAAAGGUCAUAAGUUAACUGAUAGUGAAGAUGAAUUUCCUGAAAUCACAGAGGAAAUGGAGAAAGAAAUAAAGAAUGUAUUUCGUAAUGGUAACCAGGAUGAAGUUCUGAGUGAAGCAUUCCGCUUGACCAUUACACGCAAAGAUAUUCAAACUCUAAACCAUCUGAACUGGCUCAAUGAUGAGAUAAUCAAUUUCUACAUGAAUAUGUUGAUGGAGCGAAGUAAAGAGAAGGGAUUGCCAAGUGUGCAUGCAUUUAAUACCUUUUUUUUCACUAAGUUAAAAACGGCUGGUUAUCAGGCAGUGAAACGUUGGACAAAGAAAGUGGAUGUAUUUUCUGUUGACAUUCUUUUGGUGCCCAUUCACCUGGGAGUGCACUGGUGUCUUGCUGUUGUGGACUUUCGAAAGAAGAAUAUUACCUAUUACGACUCUAUGGGUGGGAUAAACAAUGAAGCCUGCAGGAUCCUCCUGCAAUACCUGAAACAAGAAAGCAUUGAUAAGAAAAGGAAAGAGUUUGACACCAAUGGCUGGCAGCUCUUCAGCAAGAAAAGCCAGGAAAUUCCACAGCAGAUGAAUGGAAGUGACUGUGGCAUGUUUGCUUGCAAAUAUGCUGACUGCAUUACCAAAGACAGACCAAUCAACUUCACACAGCAACACAUGCCAUACUUCCGGAAGCGGAUGGUCUGGGAGAUUCUCCACCGAAAGCUUUUGUGAAGACUGUCUCAGUUAGCCGACACUGACCUUGUGGGGGACCAGCUCUUUGUUGUCUACAGCCAGAGACCUUGGAAACAGCUGCUCCCACCCCUCUGUUCUUGUAAAGCCCUUGAUCCUGGACCAGGCCCUGGCGAGAUGCAUUCACAAGCACAUCUGCCUUUCCUUUUGUAUCUCAGAUACUAUUUUUGCAAAGAAACUUUGGUGCUGUGAAAGGGGUGAGGGACAUCCCUAAGCUGAAGAGAGAGACUGCUUUUCACUUCUUCAGUUCUGCCAUCUUGUUUUCAAAGGGCUCCAGCCUCACUCAGUCCCUAAUUCCGGGGCCGAGAGAAGCUUGGACAGACUCUUGGUUUCACAUAAACUCUUGUUGUUAGGCCUUACUAAGAGGUAGGAAAGGGCAUGGGCAAAAAGGUAGGGAUGAAAACCACCAGCAUAUACACUCACACAUACACGCAGGAUUUUCACGAUGUGUUGUCAGGAAAGUGACUGUAAACUGGACUUGGGGUCACACGCUUAAGUCCCUUCUCCAGGACUUCCCUGUUUAUAUGCCUCUUUGUGAGAUCCAUCUGCUUCUGUACAAGGCUGUUUUGUCAUCUGUAGCUUCCUCCCAGCCUGAGGCACAACACAUGAGCCCGGGGGGGGGGACCCCAAAGUCCCAGGCAGGCCUUUCCUUAAAGCAGGGGUUUGCAUGUGCUCACAACACAUGACACAGAGAAGACCCACCCAGGGAGCAGUUCAGUGGGGCAGCAAAGGCACCACUUUUACUGCCGCCGACUUCUGACCAAGAAGAAGGACCUCAGUCUUUAGCGUAAAAUUCCAGCAUGGGAUGAAUGCAGGUCUAGUUUGGUCUGUGGCUAGUUAGUCUAAAUAGGUUUCUACCCACAGAAAAUUUAAUAUAUAUAUAUAAAUAUAUAUAUAUUUCACAGGGAUAUGUGUUUUUUUAAAAGGCUGAAUGUGUUCACCACUUUAGCCUGUAGAUUUAUUUCCUUUUUCCAACUUUAGCUCUAGCACGCACAGAUCCCAGCCCUUAUGUGUAGGGUGUUUGUGGACUUCCUAACAAUAUUUUGAGGCCUGGAUGAACUUUGGCUUAGGGGUCAAGGUUUCAGAGGGAGGCAAAGAUUUUCAACUGGAAAACGGGUGGAAUUUGGACUGAUCAGCUUGAGACUAAAAAAAUGCUAUUCCUUUUGUUCUUUCUAGCAUCUCCCCCGCCCUCUGAGCGCUCCUCAGGCUAGAUAGUGGAACGAUCCAAUGCCAGUGUCAUUUUGUACUUAAGUUCCAAAAUAGGAACGUUUUAUACUUUUUUCUGUAUUGUAAUAGGUAGUUUUGUAUGAAAUAUUUUCUCUUCUUCCCUUGUACCCCAUCCUUUCCAACAUUGUGCUUUCUCUCUGGGCUUAUUUGAAAAUUUUACUCUGUUUUAUACCAAGCUUGUUUAGUACAUUUUUCUAUGUUUUACCACAGGUUACAAUUUGAAAAGAAAACUAUUUUUUUUAAAUAUUCCAUUGUUAACUGAAUGUUACUGUUUCCACUCCAGCAACCAGAUGUCCUACCUUUUUCAUAACUGCCUGCCUUUUUGGGGAAGACCACCAUUCGUUCGUUUGUUCUUUCUUUCUUUCUUUCUUUCUUUCUUUCUUUCUUUCUUUCUUUCUUUCUUUCUUUCUCUUUCUUUCUUUCUUUCUUUCUUUCUUUCUUUCU